CUUAAAUUAGCUCGUUUAGGAACAAAUGUCAAAGGAUACAAGUAAUCUACCUCUUGGACAAGAGAAAGAAAGCAAUAUGGAGGAUGAAUAUGUCGAAACAACCGACCAAGCUCAAGCAAUGUGCGAGAUUUGAUUUGAAAUCAUGCGGGAUCCUAACCCUCAGUGUGAAGAAUACAAGAUUAUUUAUUGCUCAAAAUGACUUCUUCCUGUUCAUAAAGGAUGAUAUGGGAAAGUUGAUACUACAUUUGAGAUCAAGAAUGAAGCAAAAUAUGAGAACUUUAUAUGAGAGAUUUGACAGCUAGAAACUCCUCAGGAAUGUACUCUUUGAUUCCAAUCCGAAGGAAUUAUGAAGAAAAUUAAAGAUGAGGAGGCCUAUAUUCACAGCUGAUGAGCUAUAUUGUGUGACCAAUACUACAUUUCUGAUUUCCAAGCUAUGGAAUUUACAAAGGUUAGCAGAGAAAGUUCUUCAAAACCCCAAAAGAAGAAAUCCUCAAAGGGUAAAUAUAGCAAGAAGUGAAUUUUAUGUGAGAAAGAAGGCGGCUUUCUUCUGGAAUGUGAUGACUCCACUUGAAACCAUAAAGCCCAUCCUUUCUGUAUAUUCAAGGAUAACAGAGAAUCAGCAUUGCUCUACUCGAAUGACAAAGAAGAGAACAGUAGUUGGUGCAUAAAAUACCAAAGCUGGUCAUGUAAAAGCUUGGUCAAGAUAGAUGAAUUAUUCCUGGACAAUGACAAUUGAUAUUAUUCCCCAAUAGAGAGAAAAGGAUUUGAAAAAAGAGGAGGAAUUGUUUAUGUCCAUUGAGACAUCCACAGACAGCCAGACUUACAUUGCUUCUGCAUGUCUGACGCGGAAUAUCAGAAGUUUAUGAUCUGUUGAGAUUACUGAAAUGUAUGGUUUCACGGAAUUUGAAUUGGAGUUUCGGACCAUGAUAAACCUGCCUUUGAUGAGUUUACUUGAGAUAAAUGAAAGAAAUGGUCCAAUAUCAAAAUGAAAAGAAAAACCUUGCUUCAAGAAGAUGAUGAAGAGUCCUUAUUAAAAGAUCUAAAGUCUUUGAUACCACUUUACAACUUCCGAUUUGGGCUAUUAGAUCACAUCGAGAUAGCUAGCUUCUGGGUAGAAUGUAUGGAGAAGUUUCUUGAAUCUCCAAAGAAAUAUUCAAUCACGCUAUUCAUUGAGUUGCUAAGAUCAUGAAAUAGAAUUCCCAUAAACCUAUCAACAAAGAUUGAAGAACUUCAAAAGUAUGUGCUUUCAAAUCUCCAAGUAAAAUCCCGCUCAAAAGAAGUAAGAAAGCUAGCAAAGGAGGAAGUUCUUGACCCUGUAAUUCCUACAAAAAUGGAGGCAAAUCCCUUUGAAGUAACAAUCUGUGAAGAUGCUGAGGCAGUCAACAAUGGGCUACUUAAGAAAUUGUCUAAAUUUUAUAAGAAAAAGAGGUUGCCAAAAUCAGUAGAGGAAUACAAAGUUUACUCAAAUUACCAACAACUUGAGACGCUUGAUAUGUGCAAGAAGGUAUUCAUCAAUAAUGAGAAACUCGAAUUCGUCGAACUUGAAGACCUUUACAGGCGACUUGUGGCCUCCAGAUAUUCAGGACUCUAUCUGAGAACAAUAUUCAACCAAAUUGUGGAGUGAAAUCUGGUCAAAUCAGAGCUAGGGUUCUUUUGAAGCAAACUAAAUAUUCCUAUUUGAUUCUCAGACCAGCAGCCUGAAGAUGUUGAAAUGCAGAAUGAGGAUGAACCUGAUAUCAGUAUGGACAAUUCUGACGAUGUGUUCAAACUUUUCUAUUCGAAAGUGCCAUUCUUCGACCUAAAAGUAAUAGUAGAGAGAGCAGAGACUAUGCCUGUCCAUGUUAGGUUUGAUCGAGAUUUGGUCACCACAUUUCUCACUCAAUCUGAAGAAUUCUCCCUCGAAGUAUCUGACCCCGAUGCUGACAUAGAAGACUUAAUCCAAACAUUUAAAAAGAUGAAAGUUGUAGACUGGGAAAUCUCAAAUGAUUUCGUCAAAAUUUGGGAGCAAAAUCAUUGUUUGAAGCAAGAGCAUGAAAAAUUCUUAAGCCAGAAGCAGAUCAAGUAUGAGGAGUUUGAAGAUUUUAUGGUUAAUAUUUACCCUACAACUGGAGAACAUAACAAAGAACUUGAAUCUGAGUGGAAAGAGAUCAAAGCUCUUAAGAAGAGAGCUAAGGCUCUUAAAUCAAAGAAACUUAAGGACCUUCAGAAAUUCCUAGACAAAAAUGAUAAGCAGAGGAGAGUAGUCAUUCCAGAAAUCAAAGAUUUGAGGCAAAGACUGGUUAUUUUGAAGUUAAUGAGUGAGUCCUCAGAGCCCCAUCCUUCUCCUACUUGUAGCUGUCUUGGAGAUAUAGAAGAUCUCAUUAAAGAUCUUAACUCCUCGAAGAUAGAUUUAAAAGGGAUUAAUACAAAGAAAGCAAGAACCAUAGCUGACUUAAAGUUGAAAUACACCAGAAAGGUAUUGAAGAAAUUUGAUAGUGAAACACUUGAAGGAAUCACUCAGAUUGUCCAGACCUUACAUAAAGAUCAAGGCAUUAUCACAGAGGAAAUCUAUAACAAGUACAGAAACUGGAAACAAAGUUGUGAGUGGUAUGAGCAAUGAAUGGAUACAAUAAAGAAUACCUUUGAACAACUCGGUGAUUUUCUGACUAACUGAGAGCUGCUUAAUAACAAUCUAUCCAGUGAUACAGUCAAAGAUUACCUCAAAGAGAGCUCUAAGAUUGAUACGAUUAUCGGAGCAGAUGCACAAAGGUUGCAUUUUUGUUUGUCCAGAGUAUACUAUAAAUCUCUCACCAGUUAUGAUGACGACUUUCUUCAGAAAAACCAGAAGCAUUUCGAACCACUACUGAGGAAUGAUUUUGAGUAUGCAAUUUUCAGAGACAAAUCAAAGGUCCAAGAAAUAUUUGAAAAAUUAGAAGAGGAUAUGACUGAUCAAGAGUUGGUUCAAAAAGCUCUGGAGCUAGCUUUCGAUACUCUUCCUCAAAGCAUUCUGGCAAAACUAGAAGAGACAGAUCAAGUCACUGCAUUGAUAUUCAAAGCUUGUUUAGAGAUAAAGAAUAUUUCUGAAAAUUUCAAGAAUGAACAGGAGUUCUCAAGUGAGCUUUUUGAAUUAUCUUAUCACAAAGAAAGUACCGAGACUGAAGAUGAAAGUAUAUUCUCUACCAAAUUAAAGAUACUCCAUAAUGCUAUUUCCAAAUGCGAAGGAAUUAUUAUCCCUUAUGAAUCAUUUUGGUUAAACUUUGCCAAAUCUCAAUACGAAGUAAUGAACACUUGGAUGAAUAACUACAAAAAGUACACAAAUUGGAAAGAGAAGAUACAGAAUUCAAUGCAUAGCUUAAUAACCUUAAAACAGGAUUCAUACACGAGUGAGAAGGUCAGGUGCACACUUCUGUAUCCAGCCACAGAGUUCCUAAUAUCUCCCUCAUUCGAAGUAGAUGUUCUUCAGAGAGAUCUGAAAAGAGUGGAAAUAUGGAUAGAAAAUGCUAAAUUCGUUUCAAAGAAGUACAAUAAUAGCUAUAAAUUUAUAACCUUCUCUAAAGAAGAAAGCAGAGAUUUAGAGGAGAUAUUCAGUGAAAUGAAAUGCCUCCCUUGUUUGAGUAAAGAAAAUAAAGACUUAUCUAAGACCAUUUACCUUCUAGCAUGGCUGAGUAUGGCAGAAACCAUUCAGAACACCGCUGAAGGCAAGAAGAAGUAUCAGGAAUGGGAAGAUCUCAGUAAGAUGAUUGAGCCGUUUUGGAACGAUGAAUCUAUCUCUACUUCAAAGAUUUAUAAGUCAUUCUAUUCAAGUUUUCUGAAGGGCAAGAAACUGUAUAGACUGUACAAAGGUACCAGAGCAAAACAUAAAGUUACUAUUGAUGACUUUGACAAAGUAUUGAAAGAUGCAAAAUAUUCGAAGAUUGAUCUUACAGAUGAGAUAGAACAAGUUUGUAAGAAACUCAUCACCUUCAAUACCACAAUUCAAAACUUCAACAAAGCAAAGAGGACAAGAGAAAAUAUAAGUUUCUUCCAGCAGUGCUCAAAAGAGCUUAAUGAAUACCCAUUCAAAGAUGAAGAAGCGUCAGAAUCUCUAAAGCAGAUCUUUGAAUCAUACUCCCUCUUACAAAGCAUGAUAAAAUCCCUAGAAAGUAGUUUUGGCAACAAGCCUAAAAUUGUGAAGAUCAAAGAAUUCACAACAAAGUACACAGAGAACUGUUUCAAAUUUGAAGAAGCUGAAAAUCUGACCACAUUCUUAGAAACAAACAACAGUAAUUUUGAGGAUGCCAAGAAGCUGUUCCUUGCAAUUAUGAAAGAAGAGAGGCCUACCUGGGAAUCUUUACAAGAAAUAUACUUAAAACUCAGAGAUCUGGCUUACAACUAUGGCAAAGAGCAAGAAAUCAUUGAAACAGAUUUGAAAUCAAUCAAACUGAAAUGUUUCCUUGAGACUUUCAAAAGUCAAAUGAAAGGGAAAGUGUUCACAUACAAAAUCUCAUGAAAUGAAGUUGUUGAGCUAAUGCAGAAAUACAGGAGUUCACAUUCUUCAGAGAACAUAAAGGAGGUAAAAGAGAAUCUAGCCAUUAUAAGCAAGGUUGAGGAGUACAUCAAUACUAUCAAAGCCAAAAUAGAAGCUAUCACUCAAGUUGAAGACCUUGAGAAAUUCCUCAAAGAAGGCAGUGCAAUUGUUGACUAUUCUGAUGUAGCUCUUCUGAAAAGAAAACAACUCAGAAAUCAAAAAUUGAAGCAACAAAGAAUUGAAGCUCAGAAGAAAACAAAGAAGAAUGAUAAUAAGAGGAGGAAGAAGAGACCUAAGCAUGAUUCCACCCGAAAUAAACUAAAUGACGAUGACUGGGAAGAGAAGGAUGAACAAUUUGAAAACAUUGAAGAAGAUAUCGCAAUUGAUACUCAAGGAAGUGAUUAUGAAGAAAAACCGCACCAAAAGAAGAGGGAUAAAAAGAAUCAAUCCAAACUCAACGACCAAACCUCAAAAUCCAAAUCCAAAAAGAACCCAUCAACCACUCCCAGCUCAUCUCUAAAGACUCCUGACACCUCAAAGUCCCUAACCUCAUCCCUCAGUUCCCAAAAGAAGACAUUCACGAGUGCGUUCAAGAGAAAGCCAGCUAAAAAUACUUCCUUAACUCUACAGUCUAAGUCUAAAGGUAGUUUGGCUACUUCCAUAAGUAAACUUCGCAAGUAA